UUCGGUCGAAAGCCUGAGGCAAACAAAACCACCGUCGCCCACGCUCUUUGGUAUCGAGCGGUCGAAUCCUCGAAGGAGAGGGAGCGAGAGAGAGAGACACACACACACACACACGCAGACCGAGGCGCGAUGCAACGUCGCCGCGAGCUUCUCCAAUCCCUCCCCCGCUUCCCCUCUCUCCUCCGAUCCUUCUCCUCCGCACCCUCCCCUCCCCUCCAAACCCUAGAGCGCGACCCCUCCUCCCAAACCCUUUCCCCCUCCCCUCCUCCCCCUCCCGCGGCGAACAGGCUCGCCGAUCUCCGCCUCCGCCUCGCCGCGGAGGCCCCCGACCUCUCCAACUUCGUCUACUCGGUGGAGGUGGGAACGAAGAAGCGGCCGCUCCCCAAGCCCAAGUGGAUGAAGGAGACGAUCCCCGGGGGGGCCAAGUACGCCGCGAUCAAGGCCAAGCUGCGGGAGCUGAAGCUCCACACCGUGUGCGAGGAGGCGCGGUGCCCUAACAUGGGCGAGUGCUGGUCCGGGGGCGAGACCGGCACCGCCACCGCCACCAUCAUGAUCCUCGGCGACACUUGUACCCGCGGUUGCAGAUUUUGUAACGUGAAAACAUCUCGUACUCCUCCCCCACCGGAUCCAAAUGAACCUUCUAAUGUUGCUAGAGCAAUUGCCUCCUGGGGUUUGGACUAUGUGGUGAUCACUAGUGUUGACCGAGAUGACUUGCCUGAUCAAGGAAGUGGCCAUUUUGCUGAAACAGUGCAAACACUAAAGAUUCUAAAGCCGACAAUGCUAAUAGAGGCACUUGUUCCCGAUUUCCGAGGAGACCCAAGCUGUGUAGAGAAGGUAGCCAAAUCUGGAUUGGAUGUAUUUGCUCACAACAUUGAGACUGUCGAAGAGCUACAAAGUGUGGUGCGAGAUUACCGUGCAAAUUUCAAGCAGUCCCUCGAUGUCCUUAAAAUUGCAAAAGAAUAUGCUCCCGAGGGCACUCUCACAAAGACGUCAAUUAUGUUGGGCUGUGGAGAAACACCUGAUCAGGUAAUCAGCACGAUGGAGAAAGUGAGAGCAGCAGGAGUUGAUGUCAUGACCUUCGGCCAGUACAUGAGGCCGUCGAAGCGGCAUAUGCCAGUGUCUGAAUAUGUUACACCAGAAGCUUUUGAGAAGUAUAGGUCUCUUGGAAUGGAAAUGGGAUUCCGAUAUGUUGCCUCAGGUCCUAUGGUUCGUUCGUCGUACAAAGCAGGCGAGUUUUAUAUCAAGGCUAUGAUCGAAGCUGAUCGAGCAAAAGCUCCUCUUGGAAAUUACGGACCUCAGCUUGAACAAAGUUAGUAGACUUUUUGCAAUAUAACAAUAUCAUCUCCACUUAUGUGCCUCCAAAAUUUCAUUUGAAGUGUAUUAAUUGCUGCUUUUUUUGUUCUUAUUUUGUACACUCACUACCAAUCUCUUUGUUUAUAAAUUCUGAUAUUUGUUGUUCAACUGAAUUAAAGAUAAUAGUAACAGGGGAAUGCUUUUUUGGAAUA